UUUCCAGCGUGCGAACUAUCUGCACUAGCGGCCAAUCGCACGGUGCAUGCACACCAUAAUUAGCCGGAACGUGCUUGCGUUGCCAACAUGGCGCCCAAGCCAAUGCUCGCCGCCGCCGCCCUCCUCUUCUCCCUGGCCGCCAUCCACGGCGACGGCGCCGUCGCUGUCGCCGUCGCAGCGGCUGCCGAGCUGCCAGGGGGCAGCGCACGCGACAUCCCGGCAGUGUUCGCCUUCGGGGACUCCACGCUCGACGCGGGCAACAACAACGGCCUCGUCACCGCGGUGCGCGCCGACCACCCGCCCUACGGCCAGGACUUCCCCGGCGGCUCGCCGACCGGGAGGUUCUCGGACGGCAAGAUCAUGACCGACUUCCUCGUCGAGGCGCUCGGCAUCAAGGGCCUCCUGCCGGCGUACCACUCCGCCUCCGGCGCCGGCCUCAGCAACGCCGACGCUGCCACAGGGGUCAGCUUCGCGUCCGGCGGCUCUGGCCUCGACGACGCGACGGCGACGAACGCCGGCGUCGCGACGUUCGCCUCGCAGGUCGCCGACUUCAGCGAGCUCGUCGGGAGGAUGGGCGCUGCCAAAGCCGGUGAGGUGGUGAACAAGUCGGUGUUCCUCGUGUCCGCCGGGACGAACGACAUGAUCAUGAACUACUACCUGCUGCCAAGCAAGCACACACUGGACCAGUAUCAUGCUCUCCUCAUCGGCAAGCUUCAAUUUUACAUACAGAGCCUGUACAACCUGGGCGCCCGGAGGAUCCUGGUCGCCGGCUUGCCGCCGGUCGGAUGUCUGCCGCUGCAGAUGACGCUGGCGGCGCUGCGGCAGCCGCCGAGGCCGCAGGGCUGCAUCGCGGAGCAGAAUACGGCGGCGGAGAGGUACAACGCCAAGCUCCGGAAGAUGCUCACCAAGUUUCGGUCAACUUCACCAGGAGCGAAAGCCGUGUACGCUGACAUCUACACACCUCUGAAGGACAUGGUCGACCAUCCCCAGAAGUAUGGUUUCGCCGAAACGGGCAAGGGAUGCUGUGGCACUGGGCUGCUGGAGAUGGGUCCCCUGUGCACCGAUCUGAUGCCGACCUGCGCGACGCCGUCACAGUUCAUGUUCUGGGACUCUGUCCAUCCGACGCAAGCCACGUACAAGGCUGUCGCUGACCACUUCCUGCGAACUAACAUCCUGCACUUCGAUGAUUAAAUGUGGCUUAAUUAAAUGCUAUACCACGUCCUACUAGUACUAGCUCUGAGAGAUUUGUGUGCAUUGCGACAACAACUUCUGUCCAUCUUUGAAGAGCAAAGAUUGCAGCCUCAUCUUCAGUGCAGCACUUUAUUUUUCACAAUAUGGUAGGAGAUAACCAUUUAUUGAUGUACCAGAGUUCCAGAAUUUGCACCGGCCUGGAAUGCUA